AUGGAUUUUUCAAGGCAUAAUGAUGCGAUUAAUAUUCUAUCGCUGCUUAAUGAAAUCUUUGCUGCAUCAAAACCUAAUACUGGAUAUAUCGAUUGUUAUAUUGCUUUGCAUAAUGAUGAUGCUGAUCUUUUAAAGAAAAAAAAUCUGCAAAUUCAAAUAUUGGCACUGGGUGAAAGCAAUUCUGGGGUUGCAAGUCAUUAUUUUUAUACAGGAAUAAAUGCUGAACCAAGAAGUGUGACACCCGAGCAAUAUAAAUGUUUGAACCGUGAUCCAAGUAGUAAUAAUAUUCAAGUUGUUUUGGAUAAUAAUCAACAACGAUUUAAUACUUUUGGUGAAACGACUUUGGUGCAUAAUACACCAUUUGAUAGAUAUCAAUUUGGUAGCAUUUUGGGCGAAAUGCCAUUUCUAAUGAGGAGAUCUGAACUCAAAAAUAAUGCGUGGGACGAACAGACGGGUUCACAUCUAUCAACGAAAAUUUGUCUCCUCGUGUGCAACAACAAAGUUAUCUGGCCUGUAUCUGCUCCUAUUACAAAUGCUCCGUUUAUUGACGCUUUAAUGAUCUCUGCAGGUUGGCCGACAACGCCUACUGAACAGCCAACUCACUUAUCAUCAUUGGCAUCGAUCCAAUUCUUCGCAUGUUACACAAUCAGAUGUUCGAGACAAUAUGAAAUUAUGGAUGAAAAUAGUCAAGAUCCAUCCAUUGAUCAUAAAAUUAAUGAUGUGGUUGAAUCUAUGAUAAAUAAUUAA